UUCAUCUGUCCAGUGUUUCUCUCUUGACUUCAGCAGCAGCUCCAGCUCGUGUCGGAGGAGCAUCUCAUCCAAAUCUGCAGUGAUGACAGACUCCCCGGAUUACCUGCUAGACGGCAGUCCGCUCAUCAGCGCCGCUCAGCUGGGCAAACUGCGCCUGGUCCGUCUUCUGGUGGAAGGAGGAGCGCAGGUCAACGAGAGAAACCAGCGCGGAGAGACGCCUCUGCUGGCCGCCUGCCGAGCCCUGCGGGGCGAUCAGUCCGGAUCCAGCGCGCUCAGAGUCAUCCGGUACCUCCUCCAGAACCAGGCCGACCCGAACCUCCAGGACAAGGCGGGCCGCACGGCGCUGAUGUACGCCUGCAUGGAGCGGGCCGGGCCGGACGUGGCGUCGGCUCUGACGGCGGCGGGCGCUGAUCCCAGCACGGAGGACUGCGGCGGAGCCUCGGCGCUCGUUUACGCCGUCAACGCCCGAGAUCAGGACACUCUCGCGGUGCUGAUGGACGCCUGCAGAGCCCGGGGGCGAGACAUCAUCAUCAUAGCCACCGACCUCAGCUGCGAGCCGAGCGCCGCUCCGUCGCCCGACAGCUCGCCCGUCUCCUGCAUGUCGCCCUCGGACAUCGAGCUCAAGACCAGCUCGCCCAACUCCGAGGGCGAGAACAUCUUCAACUUCCGGGGAGGAGGACGGGCUUCUCCGGAGCUUCCACGAGAGGCUCACCGCCGGCAGCGUCUGCGCUCCGAGCCUUGGCUGGCGAUCCAGAACCUGGCGCAUCUCAGCCAGAACUACGAGAAAAACACCGAAGAGGAGGAAGACCGCGAGGACGGGGGUUCUCCUCCCUCAGGUCUGAAGUGUAAGUCGUCAUCAGAGCAGCUGCAGAGCAGAAGAAACACGCUUCCGGAUCUUCUCCAGACGCCGGCCCUUAAACUCACGCUGUCCGGAUCCGACACUCACUUGCACCGGGCCCCGGGCUCCUCCCGGUUCCCCUCCGUCCCCCGGAGCGGUUCUCCGCUGCUGGCUCCUCCGGACGGCCUUCACCAGCUCCACGCCGCCAGCAGAGCGAAGCCCAGAUCUCCCGGCGGAUUCCUGCCUCCUCUUCCCGGUGUCUCCGCCAGGAUCCCGGCCCCGGCUCCUCUCAGACGGGAAGCUCGCCGUCACUCGGUUCAACUCGAGCAAAUAACGCCGAAGGAACGCUCAGAGACGCUCUGCAUGCUGGGAAGUGUCUUCCAAUAAAACCCUGACGACCGGUCGAGCUUUUUGGAGCACCGAGAUUUUUCAUUUAUUUGACCCAGAGCACAUCCAAAGCGGUGCAACAUUUAUGGUUUUCCAAAUGUAAUUUACGGCUGAAUUUUUAGUCGCACGAUCCUUCAGAAAUCUUUCAAACACACGAUACGCUGCUCAAAGACAUUCAUGAUGAUUAAGUGUUGAAAGAAGGUUUUAAUGAUGUUAGUAAAUGAAAGUAUUCGUUUCUAUCCUCACAACAACAACAAAAAAAUAGACUCCUUUUAUUUCAGAUGAACGCUGAUCUUUGAAUCGUUCUAUUUAAAGAAGCUUGAAGAAGUCGAUGACGAUACAUUUCUGAAGAUCAUGUGACACUGAAGACUGAAAACGAUGCUGAAAAUUCAGCUGCGCUUCGCGGAAAUAAAUUACACUUUAAAAUGUAUCAGAACAGAAAGUGUUUUUUUUUUAAAUAGUAAAAAUAUUUCUAAAUCUUUACUGUGUUUUGGAUCUUAUGAACGCAGGCUUGGAGAGCAGAAGAGACGUCUUUCUAAACCCUUAAAAUCUUACUGUUCUCAAGCUUUUGAUGGGAUUUGUUAGAGAAACAAAGACAGCGUUUGGUUAGAUCUUUAUGUUCGGCUUUCGGUCAUAAAAAUAAAGCGGACAAUGAACCUACACUGUGUUAUGAAGAUAAAUAAACGUUGUUUAAU